CGGCGCAAGAUGGCGGCGGGAGGGGCCCAGGCUGCGGCUCUGGCCGCCGAGUGAGGGGCGGGGGGGCCCGGGGGCGCGCGGCCCGAGACCCCCCCGGCCGCCCUCCUCCUUCCCUUGUUCCUGUGGCUGGGGGGGUACCCCUUCCCUCCACACCAUGGAGCCAUCUCCUCUGUCUCCCAGCGGGGCAGCACUCCCCCUGCCUCUAUCGCUGGCCCCACCACCACUGCCCCUGCCUGCAGCGGCAGUGGUGCACGUGUCCUUCCCCGAGGUGACCAGUGCCCUCUUGGAGUCUCUCAAUCAGCAGCGGCUGCAGGGCCAGCUCUGUGAUGUGUCCAUCCGAGUGCAGGGACGGGAGUUCAGGGCUCAUCGUGCUGUCCUGGCUGCCUCUUCCCCUUACUUCCACGACCAGGUCCUACUCAAGGGCAUGACCUCCAUCUCGCUGCCCAGCGUCAUGGACCCAGGCGCCUUCGAGACUGUCUUGGCUUCAGCUUAUACUGGCCGCCUCAGCAUGGCCGCUGCUGACAUUGUCAACUUCCUCACAGUGGGGUCUGUGCUCCAAAUGUGGCACAUCGUGGAUAAGUGCACUGAACUCCUCCGAGAGGGCCGGGCCUCAGCUACCACCACCACCAUCACCACUGCUGCAGCCACAUCGGUCACUGUCCCUGGUGCUGGGGUUCCCUCAGGGAGUGGGGGCACCGUGGCCCCUGCCACUGUGGGCUCCGUACGCUUCCAUGCCUCCAGCCGGGCCAGUGAGAAUCAGUCCCCCAGCAGCAGCAACUAUUUCAGCCCUCGGGAGUCCACUGAUUUCUCAUCUUCCUCCCAGGAGGCUUUUGCAGCUUCUGCAGUGGGCAGUGGGGAGCGUCGAGGAGGUGGCCCUGUAUUCCCCGCCCCUGUGGUUGGCAGUGGGGGGGCUACCUCUGGGAAGCUGCUGCUGGAGGCAGAUGAGCUGUGUGAUGAUGGUGGGGAUGGGAGGGGUGCAGUGGUCCCUGGGGCUGGGCUCCGCCGGCCCACCUAUGCACCCCCCAGCAUUGUGCCGCAGAAACACUGGGUAUAUGUGAAACGGGGUGGAAACUGCCCAGCACCAGCGCCCCUGGUUCCCCAAGACCCAGACCUGGAAGAGGAUGAGGAGGAGGAAGACUUGGUGUUGACCUGUGAGGAUGAUGAAGAUGAAGAGCUGGGGGGUGGCUCCGGGGUGCCAGCAGGGGGAGGACCUGAGGCUACCCUUAGCAUAAGUGACGUCCGGACCCUGUCUGAGCCUCCAGACAAGGGAGAGGAGCAGGUCAAUUUCUGUGAGUCCUCCAAUGACUUUGGCCCCUAUGAAGGUGGGGGUCCUGGGGCAGGGCUUGAUGACUCAGGGGGACCAACCCCUUCCUCCUAUGCUCCCUCCCACCCUUCGAGGCCCCUGCUUCCACUGGACAUGCAGGGCAACCAGAUCCUAGUCUUCCCAUCCUCCUCAUCCUCCUCCUCCUCCUCACAGGCUCCAGGCCAGCCACCAGGGAACCAAGCUGAACAUGGGGCAGUGACCCUGGGGAGCACAUCGGCAGGGGCCCUGGGCAUGCCGGGUGGCACCGGUGGGACUCCUGGAGGGACAGGCACUGGGGAUGGAAAUAAGAUCUUUCUGUGCCACUGCGGAAAGGCCUUCUCCCACAAGAGCAUGCGAGAUCGCCAUGUGAACAUGCACCUCAACCUGCGGCCCUUUGAUUGCCCCGUGUGCAACAAAAAGUUCAAGAUGAAGCAUCACCUGACAGAGCACAUGAAGACACACACAGGCCUCAAGCCCUACGAGUGCGGCGUCUGCGCCAAGAAGUUCAUGUGGCGAGACAGUUUCAUGCGCCACCGGGGACAUUGUGAGCGCCGGCACCGCCUAGGCGGCGGGGGCGGGGCCGGACCCGGACCCGGGGGGACUACCGGGCCAGCCUUGCAGCCCAAGAGAGAGUCCCCUGGCGGCGGGGGCAGCGGCGACGAGGCAAGUGGGGCUACGCCCCCGUCCAGUCGACGGGUCUGGUCCCCGCCCAGCGUCCACAAGGUGGAGAUGGGCUUCAGUGGGGGCGGAGGAGCAAACUGAAGAGGCGAGCUACUGGGGGUAGCUUUCCGGGAAGAGGGAUUAGGGAUCACUAGCCAGGGGCGCUGUGGCCCCUAGGUGAUCUCCCAACACACUUACCGUCUUCCUAUCUCUAUGGACUUGUAUAUAUUCCGGAGAGGGAACCUCCUCGCACCAUGGGCCACCCCUUUCUACUCCUCAGCCCCUCCUCCCUAAAGUAUCACCGGAACUCAGCCCUUCCUUCCCUUCAGAGGGGUACGCUGAAGCCCCAGCUCCCGAGUAGGGCGCAAGUGGUGGGGGGAGGGAGGGAGAGGGGGCUUGUUGAGCAUCCUGGAGUCGCUGGGUCAAGGGUCAGGUGGUUGUAGUCUGUACCUGAAGUCUGUGUUUGCGUAGUUGUGGGGACCAGGCCUUUGAGCCCCACCCUUGUCCUAGAACAUACCCUGCACCCCAAAAGGAUGUGCCCCUUAUUUCUACCCUAAUCCCUCCUCCUCCACCUUGGGGGUCCCCCAACUCCAUUCUCAUUGGGGAGUGGGGGAGUGGAGACAAGGAGGGAGUAAGUCGUAGGGAGUACAAGGGUUUUAUUUUAAAUCUUAUUUUUUUUAAACGGUGAUUAAAAUAUUUAUUGGUCAUUUCAUUUGGCUUCCCGACAACCCCUAUGUGUUUGCUGGGGACCUGGCCCAGGUCGGGGAAGGUGGAGUAAGGGUUCUCAGGGAAGUGGAUUCGGGCUUGGGGUGGACAGGAGGGGGUGCCUCUGGUGUGGGAAGG